AAUAUUCCUAACCCUUGCUUGUUAUCUUUCAACAACUGAAGAAACGCAUAGAUCUGUAUUGGAUAUUUGAUUUGUUAAUUUCACGUGUUUUGAUGUCUCACUUGUUUCGUUGAUUUAUUAUAUAAUUUUUGUUUAGAGACGUCACUAUUUUGGGGCAUGGAUAAGCGUAUCUGCAAAACAUUUGGUUUUGGCUAAUGUGUUUGUCGCUGCUACACUAAACACAUCAUUUUGUGACUAUAAGUAAAGGAGACGAAAAGGAUUUGCGGCGAACAUUUCAAGUUGAUUUUUUACUAUGGUAAAAUGCAUUUCUUUUCUUUUCUUGUGAUCAACAGCUGCGUAUUUGGUCCUUGGUUGACCUCCGGUGUCUUUGUUGUUUCUGUAAUAUCGGUUAUACAUCCAGUUUUUGUUCUCUAAUUUUUUGUAGAGUCAUGCCACGGAAAUGAAGAACUCAUCCCACAAAAAUGAAGUUAGUUUUGUUCUGGCCUUCAUAUGGUCUUGACUUUUCACAUGAGCGUAAUGUCCAAUUAAGGUGGGUUUUCCGAUGUAGGGUGGUCGUGCAUCUCUAUCUACACUGGCACUGCCUUCUAAUUCUGAUGUAUGGUUUGUCGGUCCAGUAAUACUUUCCUACUUAAUGAACGAUCCUGCAUCACAUCUUCUUCUCUCUACUAUCGCGUCAACCUCCGUGUGUGGCGUGUGCUCAAGAGAGAAGAAGAGGAAGAAAAAGAAAAGCAUCUUCUUUGCUGCAACCUCUGUUUGUAGUAACUGCAGAUCCUGCAUAUUCCAUGUCUCCUAACUUGGACAGCCCCAUUAAGACCCAGAUGGCAGUUUCAAUCUUAAGUCGCACCACCAGCAGUGACUACCAUGGGAGUAGCCAAAGCGAAGGAAAACAAGGUGGACGGAGACGUGUGUUUGUCCAAACUGAAACUGGCUGUGUACUGGGUAUUGAACUGGAUCGUGGGGAUAAUGCCCACACCGUGAAAAGAAGGUUGCAAAUUGCUCUCAAUGUGCCUACUGAGGAGAGCUCCCUCACCUUUGGUGAUCUUGUGUUAAAAAAUGAUCUCAGUGCUGUCCGGAAUGAUUCCCCAUUACUUCUUACCAGGAAUGCCCUGCACAGAAGUUCCUCUACACCAUGCCUCUCUCCCACUGGAAAGGACAUUCAGCAUAGGGAUCGGAGCAGUCCAAUUGAAAUUUUAGUGUGCUCAAGCCGCUGCUCUCGCACCCGACAGCUGGUUAAGGAUGUCAUGAACGCUAUUAGAAAUGGCGUUGACCCUAUACCAGUUCACAGUGGGCUUGGUGGUGCCUACUACUUCAGGAAUGUCAGAGGUGAAUGUGUUGCAAUUGUGAAGCCUACAGAUGAAGAACCAUUUGCACCAAAUAAUCCUAAAGGUUUCACGGGGAAGGCCCUUGGGCGACCGGGCCUGAAAAGGUCUGUGCGAGUUGGCGAGACUGGAUUCAGGGAAGUUGCUGCGUACCUCCUGGAUUAUGAUCAUUUUGCCAAUGUUCCCCCAACAGUCCUUGUGAAGGUCACUCAUUCAGUUUUUCAUGUGAACGAAGGUGUUAAUUGCAAUACUAGUGGGAAGGCUGUUGACAAGAAGCGUAGUGCUGUCAGCAAGAUAGCAUCCUUUCAGCAGUUUGUUCCUCAUGACUUUGAUGCUAGUGAUCAUGGGACCUCCAGUUUUCCUGUUGCGGCUAUACACAGGAUUGGUAUACUUGAUAUUAGAAUUUUUAAUACUGACAGGCAUGGCGGAAACCUUUUGGUAAGGAAACUUGAAGGGGUGACUGGUAGAGUUGGGGCCCAGACGGAACUUGUUCCAAUCGAUCAUGGUCUCUGCUUGCCAGAGAGUUUAGAGGAUCCGUAUUUUGAGUGGAUCCACUGGCCACAGGCAUCAAUCCCUUUCUCUGAGGAUGAGCUCAAGUAUAUUGCUGACCUUGAUCCGGUCAAAGAUUCUGAGAUGCUUCGUAUGGAGCUGCCCAUGAUCCGUGAAGCAUGCCUUAGAGUUUUGAUCCUGUCAACUAUUUUUCUCAAGGAAGCAGCUGCAUUUGGGCUUUGCCUUGCAGAGAUUGGUGAGAUGAUGAGCAGGGAAUUCAGAGGAAUGGAAGAAGAGCCAAGUGAACUGGAAGUUGUGUGCAUUGAGGCAAGACAGUUGAUAGCAGAAAGAAUAGUAUUUUCUCCAGUAGCCAAUCCAAAUGAUGAUGAUGCGACUCUGUUUGACAUUGACUAUGAAGAAGCUGAUCUGGCAAUGCCAAAAUCACCAGCGUCUUAUGCUUUUGGACAAAGAGGCAGAAGCUCCAAAAACCCGCUGUCAAGAUUGGAGGAGAGUUUGGAGGAGCAGGAAGAUGAUGAGCACAUAGAAAGCAAUGUGAAGAGCACUUGCUGCCCAUCUGCCUGUGAAUGGCAUCCGCAUUUUUCAAAGCUGUCCACAUCUUUGAAGGGCAUAGCUCUUGCUGGAAAGAGUCAGCGAUGCCUGGUUGGUGCUCCGAGUGCUAAUUUUACUUGUAGUAAAAUUAAAAAUAGUGGUGGUGCUAGUAGGUCUCAGGUUGGUAAUAGUAGGAGUGCCAACGAACAGCUGCCUGCAAAUGUGAACUUUGUGAAGCUGGCUGACAUGGGGGAGGAGGAGUGGUCAGCAUUCCUGGAGAAGUUCCAGGAGUUGCUCCCAGGUGCAUUCCGUAGUCGGAAAUGUGGUGCUGCUGGCCAGAGGCAGAAGCAGAGGUUGGGCACUUCUUGCCAGUUUUGAGUAGAAGGUAGAAAAGGCAGGGUUGACGGCUGGUUUGCAGUCCAGUAGCGGUUGUUUGUGUGAGCCCUUUUCUAGUCGGGGUAAAGAAUAGAGAAGGGGAGAUUGCUGAAUAAAGAUGUUUAGAGGAUUAUGGUAUGUCGAAGGGAAGUGGAUGUGCGUCUUGUGGUUGUGCUGCCUCUGUAUAUAUGUUUUAUGGUUUUGUUUAAAUGUCUGCUACUCGAAGAAGGUAUUCUGAUAUCCUGCAUGUAUGCCGCGUACCUGAAGAAGAAGAAAAAAAAAAUACUUUCAGCAAUAAAAACGUAAAAUAGCUGUAUGUAAA